GCCCCCACGCACACAGGCGCGCCUCCGGAACGCCCCUUUUUUAUGAAACGAUCGAACUUCUUUCCCGCGCGAUCUUCACCCGGCGUGAAAAACGUCCCGCGGCACCUCGGCGGAUCCGACAAUCGGCUCGGGCCGAUACGAGUAACGAUUUUUCACAUGUGCACUUGGAGGAAGCGCCGCGAGAGAGAAAUUAAUCGAGGCUCGAAGAGGAUUUUUAUUUGUUGAAGGAAUUUUUUAGUAUUCCCGUACGAAAAGACACUUAACUUCGUUGAAAUGUGGCUGAGAAGCGAACGGAUUAGCAGGAGAUUGCGUGGCCGUUUAAGCUUGAGCGGUGUAACGGCAUCAAGAGCAACCGGUCAUCGAGCGCAGGUUACAGCAGCGAGAAAAGUACAACACAUUAGUAAUAGUAGCCGAGUAAUAACGUCAAGUAAAUGCAGCCGACUAAGUCAGUGGCGACGUAGGUCAUCCGGUUUUCUAAAAGAAGCUUGUAAGGAAAAUGUUUUACACUUUGCCAAAUCCACGCCUAUUAGACGGGAGAGGGGACCUCGCAGAAGAAAAUGCAUAAAGCGUUCGAUGGUUACGUCGACUCCUUUGCAUCGCGCUCCGCCAAUAGACGCAGUUAUCUCCGCUAAAACCGCGUCGCCGUCUAAAGUCUCGGAGGAGUCGAAGGAGAACUGGAAUGGCGGGACCGCUCUGCCUCUCUGCUCGCCAGUAACGAAUGCGGAUUCGCGUGGUUCGAUGAUACCGCCGGUACAUGACUUGAAAUCUUCCAUACCCAGUGUAUCCUCGCUGACGUGUCUAAUGCCACCGGUAUCCUUAGGAUUGCAGUCAGAUCUCACGUGCUUGCUCGAUGAUGAAGGAAGCAAGAGCAACGAUACCACACUACCAUCGUCGUUACACUACUCCUCCUUGUACACACAUGCCGAAUCGUCUGCAGACUACUACAGUUUGAUGCACUCAAUGUCAAUAUACAACGUCCGUACCGCGUACAACUCGUCCGACAAAUACUUCCCGAACGGAGGAAGGUACUCGCUAAUCGAUAACAAUGAAAACCGCAGUGAUCUCCCAAAAGAUCAAUAUGCUAUUGAAACAGACCCAACAAAAUAUGAAACAACUGCUGGAUAUCCCAGUACGAAAUACAGUAUACCAGCAAGUAUGUACAAUAUAAAUCCUCAUCAUCCAUCCGAUACGAACGGCAAUCUUAGUGACAAAUAUGAUUCCGAGGACGUCGACAGUCGUUAUCACGAGGUUGAAUACAUGGAGGUGGGUAGCGAGGAGAUAGUAGAAUCUUGCGAUGUAGAGAACAUGGUUGCUCAAGUUCAGGAGGACUGGGAGGCGUUCGAUCCUUACGUCUUCAUCAAGCACUUGCCGCCCCUCACGCCGGCGAUGAGAGCGAGAUGCCCGGCCCUACCACUCAAAACACGGAGCAGCCCGGAAUUCAGUCUGGUCCUGGACUUGGAUGAAACAUUGGUUCACUGCAGCUUGCAAGAGCUAUCCGACGCGGCAUUCCGCUUCCCGGUAGUCUUUCAAGACGUGACGUACACGGUAUUCGUUAGAACGCGACCGUACUUCCGCGAAUUCCUCGAACACGUCUCGUCGCUCUACGAGGUGAUCCUAUUCACGGCGAGUAAACGAGUGUACGCCAACAAGCUAAUGAAUCUGCUGGAUCCAACACGGAAGCUGAUAAAGUACCGCCUGUUCAGGGAACACUGCGUCUGCGUUAAUGGGAAUUACAUAAAGGAUUUGUCCAUCUUAGGCAGAGAUCUAUCUAAAACCGUAAUUAUCGACAACAGUCCACAAGCAUUUGGAUAUCAGUUAGAAAAUGGUAUACCUAUAGAAAGUUGGUUUGCCGACCGUUCAGAUAACGAGCUAAUGAAGUUGUUACCAUUUUUGGAAAAUCUGGUAAACUGGGGAGGUGACGUGAGGCCGCGCAUUAGAGAACAGUUCCGACUAUUCAGCUUUCUACCGCCGGAUUAAUUUAAAUAGCGUACACAAAAUUGAAGGUUGCCGAAGCAUCUCGCGCAACCGACAAAAAGAAAGAAAAUACAAAAUAUCUUAAAGAUACUACAUAGAUAAAUAAUAGUUAUUCCGCGAUGCGUAGCAUAAGUCGCUAUAUAAUAUAACAUUUACAAUGUUUCACAAAUGAAUAUGCCUGUUGGUAUAUAGAGAUGAAAAAUGAAAUACAUCUAGAUCUUUGGAAUUACUGUUUUGAUCCAUUGUUCGCGAAAAGAAGUAUCUGUGAGCGAAGACGUUGCAUACACAUGUGCGAUUUUGUUAGAACCGUUCGUUUGGACUUGAAGUUUCAAGUUGGAAAAAAAAAUCAAAGGUCAAAAAUGUCUGAUCAUAAUAGUCUUGUGAUUUACCGUAUAGUUUCUAUUAAUACUUCCAAGCGAAUACCAAGUCUCUCCAUGACGUGAUGAUUAUAUGACCUGUGUAUAUAAUAGACUCGUAUCUUACGUACAAAAUAUUUUUUUUCUUCAUCUCGCUAACAAGUGACAUGUACGCGAUCUCAGUUUGUUUAUCUCAUUAUACUAAGUUUUAAAUAUUUUUUGAAAUUUUAUUUAAAAUAUUUUUCUAUUUUUGCGAACUCCGCUGAUAUUACAUUCUGUCAUAUUUUAAUUAUGAAUCACUACGUAAUAAUUUUUUUAAUUUCUACAUCAAGAUUGCAAUUCUUGAAAGUUCUUGAAAAGAUUAUGUGUAUAUAUAAUUAUAUAUAUAAAUAAAAUUAUAUAUAUACAUAUAUACAUAUACGAAGAUGUUAAGAAUAUCUGUUAAUAAUUAUAUAAUUAUACGCGUGUCAUAUAAUUAUAUAGUUAUACGUGAUUACAUGUGCUACAUUAUAAAUCUGUGUAUAAUUCAUAGUAUAAGGAGCAUAGACCGAAUGCAGUAUCAAAAGGAACAGAGUUAGCAACAUAAUGUAACAGAAGGCAUCGCAGAAAUCUUACAUCCCGUAGUGUUUAUCAUAGUUUAAGAUUAUACUCACAUUAUGCACAAACACAAUUAUAAUAAUAAAGCAAAUCGAUUGUUACUCGUGAAA